UACUACUACUACUAUAACUAUUACUACUAUCGCUGCUAUUACUACAACUACUACUACUAUACUACUACUACAGUACUCGUAAUAAGGAUUUAAAGGACGUAGAUAAAACUUAGUUGAUGCGAUUUUUAGCGGGAUGCGAAUUAGAUUUAAAUUUAAUUUUCGAUUAAUCGAGUAAGAUUUUAAUUUUAACUCGACAGUUUAAUUAGGAUUUAAUCCCGAUUAACAUGGUUUCGAGUUGAAUAUGAAUUUAAUUCCGAUAAUAUAUGAGUUAAAUUCGAAUUUAAGCUCGAUUAAUAUGGGAUCUCGAAUUAAAUUCCAAUUUUACUUCGGGAUUAUGGGAAUUAUAUUUGAAUUUAAUUUUGAUUGAGAUCCUUUUAGAGUGUCACUUGGGGACACCUUUUUCAUCGUUCGACGUUUUGUCGCUUUACUCGUUUAGAUGAUUAAAGGAAGACGGAGGAUACACACUGAAGAAACGUGAGAGUGACGAUAGAUCUUUUUUUUUUAUAAGUCCUGUAGGCCGAGAUCGGCUAGUCGUAUCUCGAAGAUCGUCCUCCUCUGAGGUGUUCCCCUGUUUUUGGACACCGUUCAAAGAAAAGAGCUGUCAACUACAGUAGAAACUCCGCAAGGUUUCAUCAUUUAUUAGCACCUUUAAAGUUGAGUAUCCGAAAAGCUCAUUUUCAGUCACUUAUAACGAUAAGCUAUUGGUGUCUCAACUUUUUCAAGAGCGGUGGUCAUAUAAUACUUAUAUAAUUGAGUGUUGAUAUAUGUAAUACCCUGUACAUCCGAAAGCGAUGUACUCGUAAAAAAAAAAGAUGGACUAAAAAAUUACAUAUAAGUUAGGGAGAAUUAAAGAGAGAGCUAUCGGUGUAUCAACAUUUCUGGACGCAAUAGUUGUGCUCCGUAUGUUGAAGUGACGUCUUUAUAAAAGAAUGAUAACGAAUACAAAAGUAAGUUAGAAGCUACUUAAAGAAGAGUGAAGUGUGAUGACAGGAAAAUAGGGAAAGAAAAAGUGUGUGAGAAGGAGAGAGGUAGGACGAGAGAGUGGGAUGAGGAAUGCGAAUUUUGCGUGGCAAGACUCCUUCAGACGAAAAGUGCGGUCCUUUUCUCGGUCGUUGUUGAGCCACGCGAGUUUUACGCGAGAAGAUGAGGGUUCUCACCCAAUCUCUCAUCCUCUCUACGUAUUACAAGAUACAAUACAAUAUGACGGGAGGAUGAUCUUCGAGCAAAUAGGCGCGAUAAAGAGGGAAGGUAGAGGAGGAGGAUAGUAAGAGGGCGAUGAUAAUAAUGGAGGGUGAUAAACGAAAAGAGGAGGCGAUAAUAAUGGUGGUGAAUGUGUCCUCGCUAAAGCGAGAGACUCGAUGUUGCUAAGUCUCGUCAAUUUUUGCGUAGUAACUUCCGAUUUUUGAGAUUUAAGAUUUUCAUACUUUGAUCAUGGAAGGAUCCGAGGAUCUCCAGCAAAGAAGAAGAUAGAAGAGCUUUAUUAUCUUCGUACAUAGAAAACUAAUGAUUACUUUCUCGCAAAGUUUCAUCCAGGAUCCAGGAUUCUUUUUUUUUAUAAUCAAGGAUUAAAAAAUCCUUUGAUCUUGUGAUGCAAAAAAUUAAGAAUUUUGGAUCUGAAGAUUCACGACUCGGCGAUUGAGAAACUUGACGAUCCAAAUAACCCGAAGGGAACCUCCGAGGGUUCGAAUUCGACUUCUUUUUGGAAUCUUCAAGAAUCCAAAAACCUCGUGAAUACAGAAUAGGGAUGAUAGGAGUUAUCAGGGAUCUGAGGAAACUCUGAGAAUCCAUGGAUUAGCCUAUGAAGAAAUUCUCAAAACUUCUCAUGAAUCCAAAAGUAUGUGGAUUCCGAGAAAGAAUGUUUCAGUACUCCAAGGAGUAGUCCAAAAGAAUCAACAAUAUAGGAGCCAUGGAUUUAGAGUAUAAAAAGAUGGAGAUAUCUCAGAACUCUCGCGCGCGCGGGGAGAUCCAGGAACCUUCCGUUUCAGUUAUACGCAAAAGUCGACGAGCGUAUUGUUAAUAUACACGAUCCAAAACAGAGAAGUAAAUAAAUCGACGACGAAAUCACUUUAAUAAGCAAGCUAGCAACAAAGCAAAAGUUAAAAAAAACUAAAAAAAGAGAGACGAAUUGUAAUAAGUAUGAAGUGAAGUAACUGAAGUAACUGUGGUUUGGGCUAACUAUAUACUCGUCGGUUAUUUUCCUUAGCUCGGAUUAAUGACAGUUUAACAGUGUCAUGUCGUCCAGUGAUACUUGUCGAGUGCUUGUCUAAAAAUCGAAAGUUUGCAUCUCAAAGCGUGUCCACCAGUUGUUCGAAGUAGGGUGAAAUGGGAAUAAUUGUGCAAUCGACGCCGAAAAUAAUUAAAAUAUUUCUGAUUCUUAAUUUUUUUCGAUAAAAAGGUCAUUCAAUCGAAGAGUUUUUUCACUUCUUUUGAACCAUAAAAAAUACAAUCUUAUAAUUGCGUUUACUAUUAAUAAAUGAGUAAAUUUUUUUUCGAAUAAAUAAAAUAAAAAUGGUUUUAUAGAGAAUAAUUACAGAAUGACAAUAUUGAAGAUAACAAAGUACUUAAAUAUAUAAAUGUAAAAAGAUUAAUCACAUAUUUUAAUCAGUAGACACGUACCUAUCAUUUUAUAGCUUACUGUAAACUUUAAUCAAAUUCAAGUAAUUUAAUUUAGUCUAGUUUUAAUCUUACUAUAAGAAAAAAUUCUGAAUAUUCCGAGAGAGAUACACAAUAGCCCAUUUCACCUUACACGAAUCCUUACGCGAACAAUCGGAUUCGAUUGGAAGAGUGAAUGAGAGAAUGAAAGUGACAGAGGCGUAAAGAGAUACAAAGAGAGAGAUUUGAAAGAAACAGAUGAAUAUAACGUUAUAAAGUACUAUUUAAAACGAAUGUGAGUGUGUGAAUGUACGAUAAUGAGAUAAUAUCUAAGAUCUGCGAGAGAGAGAGAGAGAGAGAGAGAGAGACAUUUUGAAUUUUACGAAAAAGUUGGAGGAGGCAAAGUGAAGCGAAGUAAAAUCAUCAAGUGCAACACAAUUGUCGCAAUAAGUGAAGUUAAAGAUGAGUCGAAUAUUGAGAGCGAUGCAAAAUGUUUGUAUUCUAAUCCCGCUAGUUUAUGAGAUUGUAAAAUCUGAAUCUCGAGAAAAAGGAAUAAAGUUCACGAAGAAAAGAGGUACGAGAAGAAGGAAUGUUCUCUCGGACGAAUGCUCGAACAUCUUGCAUCGCGAUUAUUAAAAUCCGAUUGUGUGAGUUUUGCGCGAUGAUUCCGAAACGAGGGGAAAGUCCGGCUGGCGAUUUGAAGGUCGAUGAUUCGAAUUAGGAGAAGCAUUUCUGUCAAUUCGUCGAUACUGUCGCGAUAUUCGAUGAUCGAUAGUAAUUAAUGCUUAGGCGGGUAUGGAUGCGUGGGAAGGAUUAGAGUCUUGCGCGAUUUAUUACGGUUAAAAUACUGAUUGGUUGAUUGUCGUUGAGCGAAGUAAGACGACUGUUGAAGAAGAAGAAGAAGUAGAAGAAGAAAAGGAAGGGCAACCAUCACUUAUUAUAUAUUAUUGUACAUAUUUACCUGUAAUUGCUAUUCGUAUCGCAGAGGUUUCUGUUCUCUCAAGAUCAUUUUCUCGAUGAUUCAGCGGAAAAAAAUGACAAAAAAAAUGUGAAUAAAGUUAGAUUUGUGUAUUACUGAACCAGUCCCUCUUAUCAUAUUAUAUAGAAUAAGGAAAGAUUGCGGUCGAAAAACUUUGUCGGGAAUAGAAAGAAGUUAUUCGCGUUAUCGUAUAAAAUGUCACGUAGAAAAAAAUUCAAGUUUUAUGAAAUUCUCUUAUGUUCAUUUAGAAUUACAGCAAACUUUUUUUUUACGAAAUUAUAUAUAUAAUUUCGUAAAUAUUGGAUUGGAAAUAUUCGAAAUGACGUAAUUUCUUUUGUAAAAAAUGCUUCAGUUCUUGCAAAAACGUUUGCGUUUAAAUUACAAUAAUUUUAUAAAACAUUGUGAAGUACUGCAUAACAUUACGUUGUUGAAUUUUUCUUUAGUUCGUUCAAUUUAUUGUUAAAUUAAUUUAUUGUACAAUUAUAUAUCUAAAUGAUAAUAGUAAUAUGUAUUAUAACAAUUUUGUAUAUAUAGAGAGUAUAAAAACGGAAUAUAGAUACGCAUAAAUAUGAGUGAUAUGCAGUUAGAGUCAAUCAAAAAUCAAUGAAAAAUUAAAUAAGUAGCCAAAUAAUUACAAAAGCGCAAUGCAACAAUUACUCAGGAUAAUUAACUAGUAAAUUAAAUAAAUGUAAAAGUAAUAUUUUGCAACAUGUAGAUCAUAUUACAAAAAAAUAUGAAUGAUUUAAACAAAACCAUAUCAACUGUUCCUGAAACAACAGUCGAUGCAUGAGGAAGACAAUUUAAAAUAUAACCAUUCAACCAUCAAGAUAGGAAUGACUUCAAAUACCAGGAUAAAAGUUAUAAUGCGUAUAUCCAGAUACGAUUUGUUCGCCAAAGAAAUAUUUAAGGUGAGGUUAGGAGGCCAUGUUAAUGACGCCAAUCGGAUCGUAUCGGACGUCGUCUCGCAAUCGAAAAUUAGAAAACAAAUCAAAUGUCUACGUUCCAAAAGAAAUCAAAAGAAAGCAUCGCAACUUUUUCUUCGCUCGAAGCGAGCUCUGCUAUUGGAUGUCGGACGUCGUGCGCGCGGUAUGAUUGCUACAUGAUGCAUCCGCGCUAGCUGAGGUCGCGCCAGGUGGCGCGCCGACACGGCCAAGAGUGCCUCCCAUUGGUCGGCGAUGUUUGAGAUAACAUGGCGGCGAUCGGCGCGUGAUUCGUUCCUAAACGCGGUCAGUAGGUUACGCAACCUCGCGACGUGUGCGUCGUCGUCGUCGUCGUUGUUGUUCAGCGGCAGCGCUUCGGGUCGAUUUGACGGUGACGGAGGUGCGGUCGACCGUCGAUGCGGCGACGAGUGGCGAGCGCGCAAAAUGGCGCCCACGCGUGUAAUCCUGAUGUCGUGCGGCAGCUAUAACCCACCGACGAUUAUGCAUCUGCGGAUGUUUGAAAUAGCUCGAGAUCAUCUGCAUCGGAUGGGAACGCAUGUCGUCGUUGGUGGAGUAAUCUCCCCGGUGCACGAUGCUUACGCUAAGAAGGAAUUGGCCAGUGCUACCCACAGAUGUGCAAUGCUUCGCCUGGCGUUGCAGAAUAGCAACUGGAUUCGGCUGAGCACAUGGGAGACUGGGCAGAACUGCUGGACCAAGACCCGCAUAUGCUUGCAGCACCAUCAAAAUCUGCUCAACUCCAUACUGUCGAAUUCCAAUGACAUCAAGCAUCACCUGCAGAUAGAAGAUACAGAUUGGAUUCCGGAGAAUGUGAAGAACAGCUCGGACAAUACGCCGAUACAAAUUAAAUUGCUGUGCGGAGCAGAUCUUCUGGAGAGCUUCGGCAUUUGUGGACUUUGGCUGGAAGAAGAUAUUGAUGCAAUCGUCGGCGAGCAUGGUCUUGUGGUCAUUACCAGAGAAGGUUCCAAUCCCAACAAGUUUAUCUAUGACUCAGAUGUCCUCUCCAAGCACAUGAACAAUAUUUGCAUCGUAACCGAAUGGAUCCCGAACGAAGUUAGCUCGACAAAAAUCAGACGAGCUCUGAAACGCGGUGAGAGCAUCAAGUAUCUACUACAGGACUCCGUCAUCGAUUAUAUCUACAAGCAUGAAAUCUACGAUGCGAGAAUGCCAGACACGACAAUUAAGUUGGAAUUGCCGUCACCGAAUGCGAACAAUUACCUACACCUUGAUCCCCGAUACCUAAGCGCAUUGCUUAUGACGCCGUCGCCCAGCGAUGUAACCAUGGGCUCGCCGAGCCCGGUCGAGAUCGCCGCGUCUGUCGAUGUGCCGGACGCGGUGGUGCUGCGCAAAAACCUGCAAAAUGCCGCGGGUAACGGUGGCGGGCUCGACGAGAUUCGCGAGCAAUUUGUUAGCAUGAUCAGCAACAACGCCGACAACGGCAACGUCAAGCAUAUAUCUAGGGUCGCGUAUCCCGGUCAGGCGAAACAGAUCAUCGCCAGCGCAACCGGCGUUGCGCGAAUCGUAGACGAGGUAGGUGCGCUUGACGAGGCGAUGACGAGAUCCCAGCCUGGUCCUUCGUCAGAAGACGGUCGUAGAUCGACGGUAGACGAUGCCGCGGGUAAAGCUAGUAUUGGACAGAGAGAGGUCUCGGAUCUCAGAUCCAGGACGGAAAUCAUUGAUGUGGACUUAGGUUUGAAUGACGAUCACGAGAUAAUAGUAAAAUUUUCCUCAAGCUCUAACGAAUUGGCGUCGGGUGAGGAUCGUAGGUUGACAAUGGACAGUAUUACAAGGGAUAAAGAAGCGUCAAGUCUGAGAUCUAAGGCAGAAAUUGUUGAUGUAGAUUUAGGUUCGAGCGAGAUAACGAAAGUUCAACCCGGCCAGUCAAGUUCUGGUGAAACCGUGCCACGAGAAUGUUCUAGGUCAACAAUAAAAAGUGCAGUAAAGGGUAAAACUGAGAUUGGGCAGAAAGAGGCCUUGGAUUUGAGAUCUAAGAUGGAAAUUGCUGAUGUAGAUUUAGAUUCGAAUAACGAUCGCGAAUCAACAACGAAGGUUCAGCCUAGCGAGUCGAGCUCUGGCGAACUUCGAUUGGGCGAGUGUUGCUGGCCGACAAGAGAAGGCGCCGCGAAUGAUGAGGCUCGCGAUAAAAAAGUCAUUUCCGAGAAAAAAAUAAUCGGUGUAGAGUUAGGUUUAGACGAUAAGAACGCGCUGAAAGAAAGACGUAGGUCUAUGGUGGAAGCAAUCAAGCAUGACGAAGUAAAUUCGGAUCAGUCUAGAUUCAGCAGGAUUGGAUCGGAAAAGAGUUCCAAGUCAAUGGUAAAAAGUGUUGUAGACGUUACCGACAAAGAAAUAGUUAACGUAGAAUUUACCGAUGUUGUUAAAGUUCAGCCUGUUCACUCCAGCCAUGGCAUACUUACGUUAAAGGAUGACCGUAGGUUAAUGAUAGAAAAACUUACAAACGAGCUUAAAAUAAAGCUUGAAGAGGAAAAAAAUAAGUCUAAGGGAAAUUUACAGGUAGAUAAGGUAGGUAAAGACGAUGCAGAACAAACUGAGCUUAGUGUGAAGAGUAACGUCAAAAUCGACAUGGGAAUUGACUCCAGAAAAGAAGCAGCCGAUUUCAAAUCAGAUAGAAUUAAAUAUCUAGACGCCAAGGCGACAGCUUCGUCGCUUAACGUCUCGAUGACGUCACUGGACGGUCGCCACGAGUGUGCUCUGUCCGAUUUCAGCGUAGACAAGGAAGAUUAUCGCCUUAGCCAAUAUGGUUCCGACGAGGAUGAGGAAGAAUAUAAGAAACCUGUAUAUACUGCCAGAUUGAAUUUAACGAAAUACGCUGACGGUCAAAUAGAAGAUGUAACGAAUAACAUAGCUGAUUCUGUAAACGAUCACGAGAGCGAUAAUCGCGUAAAGUCUUCCGAAGGAACAGAUCAAAUGAAGUAUAUCGUAGAAGAAUCACUUACGGUGGCAGAUGUAGGCGAUAAGGAUAAUAAUCUUGAAGUUAGAGAACGGACAGAAGAAAUAUUCAAGAUGUUGCGAGAAACAGGCAGAACGGAAAAGGGAUCGGAAUUGGACGCGCAUUCCUCGGACAAACGGAUGACAUCUUGCGAUUCGAGUCUUGAGAUAGACGGCAAGUAUUUGAAAUCGAUCGUGAACUCCCGUAAGAGUCCGAGGAAGAUCAGAGAUGAUCGCGACGUCGAGGUCAAGGAGCAAUAUCGAUUCACCGACGAUUCACAGGCGCUUCAAUCUGAAGCAUUUCAAAGUUCUUCCACGAAGAUGAAGAGUUUCGAGAGAGUCAAGGAAGAACAGAUUUACAAUGUAGAUGUUGAUAUCGACGAGAAAGGGCGGAUUAAGGAUCGAGGAUCGCGUGCAGAAAAAGUCUUCCAAGACUCUUCAAGAUCAUCUUCCACGAAAACAAGAAGUCCCAGAAAAAUCGAGCAGCUUCAAACCGACGAGAGUGAACGCGAAAUGAAGGAUCAUGAUAAAUCUAUUAGUGAUCGAGAGACUCCACGAUCUAGGAAGGGAUCUCAAAAAUCUUUGAAAACAUCUAAAAGUGCAAAAAGUCCUAAAAAGAAAGGUCACAUCUUUUAUACAAGCGAAGAUAUGAAAAAUUACGAUCGAGCUGUCAAUGAUCGCGUUAUCACUCAACUGGAGGAAGUCUUUCUGGAUUCUUCAAAGAAACCCUCGAAAACGGAAAGUCCUAAAAAAGAUUCCGAGAGCGAAUUGAAGAAGCAAAGUCGGCAUGCUGAUAAUCGAGAGACGUCGCGAACCGAAGAACCCUCUCAGCAUCCUUCGAGGACGUCUUCCACGAAGAGCCUGAAGAAGACUCAAACACAAAAGGCUGUGAAAAUGAGCGAUAACAAAGAACAACAAGCACAAGAAGCAAUAAAAACGACAAAGGACGCUGAUAACAAAACCAAGUGCGACUUCAACGAGAUCAAGGACGUGUAUACGAGGAAGGUGCGACGUUACAACGUGCCACUUCAGGGCAGCUUAGACUCGAUGAUCGUGUCCGAGGAAACAUCCGCGCAGAAGCCGAAGAAGGACGACGCGUUCUCGAAGAAGUCGAAGAGCUACGAGUCGAUCAAGCGCAUCCAGGAGGUGUUUCUGGGCGUGCCGCCGACGAAGGCGAACAGCAGUGGCUCGCAACUCGACAUCCCGGACGAGUUCUGCUCGAUCUGCUGUUACAUGAAUGAGAUCACCUUCCGGACGGAGGAGGAAGUGAGCAGCCCGAAUCAGGAGACGUUCUACACGCUCAGAUCGACCUGCAGCUCGCUGGCCGACGACGACGACGACGACUCCAUCGAGUGCGAUAUCUGCGGUUCGCUCAAUCUCCAGGAAUCCGCCGACGAUCUCGACGGCAAGAUUCAGGAGAUUCCCUGCGAGCUCUGUAAGAUCUGUGGCGAGGUAGAUGGCAGUUAUGAUCAGGAUUCCGCAUUGCCGGCGGACAGGUAUACUUACAAAAUGAUCGAGCCGCAUCAUGACGACGACGACAGUUUCGAGAUUGAGAACUGCGGCUUUCAGAGCGGCACAGAAUCGGCCGACGAUCGGAGCAGGAUCUCUGAUAAAGAGAAAGUCACGGAUCUCGGAAGACCGAAGUCACAGACCCUGUUCAUCCACGGCUCCUCGAUGAACAGGGACCAGCCGCGCGAGCUGUACUUCAUACCCAAAGAUGAAAUCGCCAUUUUGACGAGCGGAGCCAGGAAGGUCAAUCGUAAAGGCUCCUUGUUCAGGAAAAAGGAGGAUUCCGGCGGAAGAGAUAAGAGACGAUACUCUUCGGUGGAUAGUCUUCAACUGGCAAAGAUGUCCGCGAAGGCGAGCGAUAAGGUGCUCAAGGUCGCGAAGAAUACAACGCUGAUUGGAUCGGCUGAUAAUCUGCAAGACUCGAGAAGAUCAAAAUCUUUGCAGAGAUCGGCCGACGAUGUGGAUCGUCUAAAUAAGUCCACUGACAAUCUGAACUCGCAGAAAGAAAAUCUGGAAAAUCUGGAAAAGGAAAAUGAUGCUGAAGACUCAACUCAGAAACUAAACACUCGGGACAAGGAGGAGGUGAAGAUGAUUCUGACGCAGCACGGAAUCAAGAUUAUCAGCGAGAAGGAGACUGCUUUAUAAUCAGAAUUGGCAAUGGGACACUGAAGUCCCAUUCUGUGCAGCGGGGACAUUAGGAAUUAUACGAAA